GAGCGCUCAGCGUUUGGGAAUGGAAGCCAGCGGAGCCACAAUGCCAGGCGGGAGGGAGCCCCUUUAUCAGUAGCACAGCCCCCAGCGUCACUGCCUCGCCUCGCUGUUAAAGACAGAAGAGAAAUGCUAAGGAUGUAAGAUGGCAGAGCUACAGAUGCUAUUAGAGGAAGAAAUUCCUGCCGGUAAACGAGCUCUCGUGGAAAGCUACCAGAACCUGUCCCGGGUAGCGGAAUAUUGUGAGAACAAUUAUGUUCAGGCGCAAGACAAAAAGAAAGCCCUGGAGGAGACCAAAGCGUACACCACUCAGUCUCUGGCCAGUGUUGCCUACCAGAUCAAUGCCUUAGCUAACAACGUGCUGCAGCUGCUGGACAUCCAGGCAUCGCAGCUACGACGCAUGGAGUCCUCCAUCAACCACAUCUCUCAGACGGUGGACAUUCAUAAGGAAAAAGUGGCUCGUCGAGAAAUUGGCAUCUUGACCACAAACAAGAACACUUCUCGCACCCACAAGAUCAUUGCCCCAGGAAACAUGGAGCGACCCGUCCGCUACAUCCGGAAACCCAUCGACUACACCCUACUGGAUGAUGUAGGACAUGGUGUUAAAUGGCUUAAGGCCAAGCAACAUGGGAACAAUGCAGCGGGACGAGGAGGGACCCUUUCUAGGACCAACCCACCUCAGCAGAAACCUCCUAGCCCCCCCAUGGCGGGUCGGGGCACAUUGGGACGUAAUACUCCCUACAAGACAUUGGAGCCCGUGAAACCUCCGGUGGUGCCCAAUGACUACAUGACGAGCCCGGCGCGGCUGAGCGGCCAGCACAGCCCUGCACGCACAGCCUCACUCAACCAGAGGCCAAGGACACACAGUGGCAGCAGUGGGGGCAGCGGGGGCAGGGAGAACAGUGGAGGCAGCAUAGUGGGGAUUCCUAUUGCAGUGCCCACCCCGUCUCCUCCCAGCAUGGGGCAAGUGGCUACAUCCUCGGCGUCCGUGCCACAGGGCCCCGGUUUGGGUCCCAUCCCCAUGUCCCAGUUUGGCACCAUCUCCCGCCAGAUUUCUCGUCACAACUCCACCACCUCCUCGGCCUCCAUGGUGUCGGCCACUGGUACCUACCGCCGCGCCCCCUCCGUCUCCUCCCAGCAGCCCCACAUCAACGGAGGCCCGGCCUUCCCACAGAGCUCAGUGUCUGUGGCUCCUCCCCCUCCUCCACCUCCCGUGGUCCAGCUGACACCACAGAUCCCUUUGACCGGCUUUGUGGCCAGAAUGCAGGAGAGCAUUACAGACAGCCCUGCCCCACCUCCUCCCCCAGAGGAUAUGGGUGUGUUUGAGGAGCCCGCUCCUCCUCCCCCUCCUCCACCUGUGGACUAUGAAGAAGAGGAAGCUGCUAUGGUUCACUACAACGAUCCUUACGCUGAUGGAGACCCCCACUGGGCCCCUAAGGCUUAUCUGGAGAAAGUUGUGGCCAUCUAUGACUACUCGAAGGACAAGGAGGACGAGCUGUCAUUCAUGGAAGGAGCCAUCAUCUACAUCAUCAAGAAGAACGAUGAUGGCUGGUUUGAAGGCGUCUGCAACGGCGUCACUGGACUGUUCCCUGGGAACUACGUUGAGUCUAUCAUGCACUAUGCUGACUAGAAACGAAAAGAAAAAAUUCCCUGAAAACACACACACACACACACAAUAGCGCUUGUUUGGCAAGUAUGUACAGAGGUAUGCCGUGCAGCGCCAGCACCUCCAUUUCUCAACAAAGUGCCACUAGAUGUAAAGAUGGUUCAUUUUUAGCUAGGGAUGUGUGUGAUUUUGUCGAUUUACUUCAAAACAAGAGUUGCACAAAGAAGGAAGAGGAAGUAGUUUACACUGAAGGAAGAGGAAGUAGAGACCCCUGUCUGAGUGCUGUCAGGGCUUCGGUGCAUCAUCACACUUUACCUCAAGAGAAAUUCCUCCCAAUCAAACAGGUUGAAUUUUCUUGCACUGUAGACCACCUCUCCCCCUUGGUCAGACAGUCGGCCCGGAGGGGCGUUUUCAACCGUGGCCAAGGGAAUGCUGUGAAUUAAAGGCACCGUGUACAGAACGCAUCGCAAAAAAAGAAACACGAGAAAUCUCUUCUUCCAUGUGGUGGUUUUUCUCUUCCGUAACGUGUGUGUGUGUGUGUGUGUGUGUAUAAACUGUAACGUGACGAACUGCCGGCCCAUCUGUCCGUGUGUUUCUCCAGUGUUCCCACCGUUGGAGGCGGAGCCCAGAUCAGACGCUUUUAUCGGUUGUUUUACUUGAAUGUUACGUUAACUCCUCAGUUGCAGUGACAUCUUUUAUUCAGGCCGAGUGAUUGUUUUGAGUCUGAUGCUGUCCGGCUGCUGCAGCGGAGCUCUGACUCGCCGUGCUUCUGAAGCAGAGCGAGGACUUCCGGCUUCAUCUCCAUGUUGGUUUCCUUUGUGUCGUAGCCACGCCGAUAGCUACCAACGACUGGGAUCAGUUGCUGUCGUAGUGCUUUUACUGUGGUGCUCAAAAACCUGAAUCGCCAACAUAAAACAGGACCUUUGGGUUCUGCUUUUGGACUGGAAAGUGAUCAUUGAUCAUCUGGAUCGUUAAAAUUCCUUCAAUCAUAUCUGUGUUGUGAAUGUAAGUGACCCCUGCUGACAUUUUAACCCUGAAGUCUUAAAUUAAUGGACGUUUCUGCUACAAAAUCAUACAAAAAUAGUUGUUGGUGCUCAUCAAACUGUUCUUUUCUAAAUGUUUGUGACAUCAGCUUAUGUAUUAAAAACUUUUAUUUUGAAAGGGAAUGUUAACCAGGUGAUGUGGGCAGUAUUCAUGCAGCCUGUAAAUGUGGCCACAGUGAAGGAUUUACCACUACGUCCCAUUCUGAUUGUAUUUCACAUCAUGGGGCCGUUUAUUUAUUUUUUGUUAUUUUGGCGAGAAACUACUUUUUCUACCGUUUCUAGCAUUGCAUUAAUGUCCAUGACUGCAGAAGAUUUGCAGGCAGUUUUUAUUUAUUCAUGCUUUUCUCAAUAUAAAAAAUAAUAAUAAAAACAAAAUCUAACAACGGCUGACCUGCAGAAUAUUUGUAACAUUUACCAGUUCAGGCGCUUCAGGGCGCUGUAGCACUUGACGCCUUUUAUCCGGUGUGUUUUCUUACGAUCAAAUGUGGGAUUAAAAAAAAAUGGGAAUCUUAAAUGUUGCCAGGAGCAGAAUUUAAUGUCUGUCAUCUCCAUUUGUACAUAGGAUGUGUUGAUUGCAAUUUAUGUACAGUCUUUUUGUAAUAAACACCUCAUUGAAACAGUUA